AUGAAAAAAAUCACUGCAAGGAUAGCACUUCGUUUACAAAAUAAAAAUCUAAAAAAAUCAAAAAAAUGUCAUUGGAAGUUUUCCUUUUGUUCAUUUCACAAGAGUAUGAUAAAGUUGUUGGCUAAACUUCAUUCUUUAUUUAAACUACGUGACAAGUUAUUUACUUAUAUGAUUUGUCUGGAACCAACAGAAGUUUAUGUUGAUCUUACGAUAUGUUGCUUUUAUGAGACAGUGUAG